AUGGAAUUGAUGUUUUCAAAUUUUAAGUAACGCGGAUUAUUUAUGUGUAUUUUAUACUAUUUUGCAUUAUACUGUUAUCUUUAAUACUCGUUUUUAACAGUCGGAACAAUUAAUAGGAGAAGCUUAUUAGACCAUGGCGAUUGAUUGCAUGUCAGUGAGAUCAAGGCAUCUAUUCCUUUGGUGUGCAAUAGCGUCUCACUUCAUCUUGGUGACAGCCUGCAACAGUGCAUACCAAGAUGCCAUCGACGAAUUCUGCCUGACUAAGUUUAAACUGGACAUGGAGGCCCUGGACUCUCACUACUGGUGCAGCUGGGAGAACACUGUACAGACCUACAGAGAAUUGACAAACUGCACCUUCAUGAUUGCACUGAAGAUGAAUUGUUUCUGGCCCAAUUGGCUGGUGGAGGAAUUCUUUGUAGGAAUUCACCGGAAAUACUUCCAAAACUGCCCUUUGACAGGGCGCCUGCCUGAGGACCCUCCUAAACACAUCUUGGGCCCGUUUAUUGUGGUACCCAUCUUAGUUACACUGCUUAUGACAGCGCUGGUGGUAUGGAGGAGCAAGCACAGUGAGGGCAUUGUUUAGGUCACCCUCAGGGCUCUGCAAGCAGUGCACGAGCAGUGACGGACACCAAGAAAGCCUAUAGUGUGGAACUGGGAAUAACGGUCCAAAUCACAAAUGGAGUCACAAUUUACAAAAGGGGAUCAUGUGAUCAAAAUGACUAUUACUGGCUUAUUUUCUUUUCAAACACUUCAAUAGAUGGGGAUAAUAUUAUAAUAAUGUAUAAAAAUAUAAAUGUCUUUCUGAUGGGACAAUCUGCAAAAUGAUAAGCAACCCUGUAAGAAUAGCCACGCUUGCUUGGCUAAUCUUUGGUCUUUAUUAGUUUGCAUUGCUGCUGACAUUCGUUAGACUUGCUGUCAUAUUCCACAGGAUUCUGCAAUAUCUCUAAUAUUUAUGAGCACUGGGUUGUACUCGGUUUAUAAAGAGUGACAUUUAUAUUAUAUAUAUAAAUUUUUAAGCUUAUAUAUAAGAUCUUAGGUGUAAGUCAUAGUCUUCAGAUACAUAUCUAUACUGUACAAAAUAAAAGUACUAGUAUUUCAAUUUUUAAUAACAGGAGACCAGGACUUAAGCUUUGGGCGGUACGUGUUUCCCUAAUUGAUCCCUAAUCCAUUACAAUUCUGAGUCAAUCUGGCUAUGCAGUUUAAACAACUUAUACAACUUACAAUGUGUUUUGUUUUCUACCAACCAUCCAAAAAGAGAGGGCAUGCAGUGUUAAUGUUAAUGUUAGUGUUACAAGAGUGUGCAGUCUUGGAACAACCAACGAGGAUUUGCUAGGAAAUACUGCAUGCUUACUAUGUACAUUUAAGUAAUUUUUUUAAGUAAUGUUAAAAAUUUAUUCAAAACGGUAAAAAUAUAAUAAUAUUUUCACAUUUGUGUGGAAAAACCACAAUCCUGUGCAGAAGAAAAUAUUUACUUGGAUAGUAAGUAAAGAAUUGCUUAAAAACACACUAAUGGAAUGUGUGCAAAUUCCAAAAAAUAUAUCAGAAUUUCUUCUGUUCUCCAAAGCAUUACCGAGAUCUCGUUUACAGUGCUGUGACAGGCUUUUGAGGAGACUUUUUCAGGUGCUGAAAUGGGGCGUGAUGUCCAUUGUUAGAUUUUGUGCAAUAAUCGGAUAUCAAAAAGGGACUCCGGAUUUCUUUGGUUCCCAAACCUCAGCCAUUCCUAUAAAAUUUUAGGCAGCUCUCUUAAUUAAUUAACUUAAUUAGUUAAUUAAGUAACUCAAUGAGGUAUUGAUUGGCCCAGCAAAGUGGAGUAGUGGUCAAGUGAAGAAAACAUUGAUGUACUGGACAGUUGCUGGAAAUACUGGAGUGAUUUUUGAAGAAGUUUCGACGUGGCAAAGCUGACACACUUACACUUAGACAGACAUAAUAUCAUCGUUUUCCACUAACAUGAAGAUCAUUUAAACAUGACUUGUUUUUCCUGCACUGUUGCACAGUACAUGCGUUUUAACUAACUACUGUGAAACCUGGGCAGUACAGCAGAACCCUAAUUCACUCUCUGCAAAAUCAUAAUAAAAAUAGGUAACAAAGGCAGUGAAAAGGUAACACAAGCAGUGUAUUCACAAUAGUCCUAACAGUUUUUUAGGGUUCUGAAUGAGAGGAAUCAUACAGACAAUUAUCAUCAUCAGAAUAUGGUGGUUGGUACUUUCAUUUGUCUUGUAUGUUUAAUUAUUUUCUUGGAUGAAGAUAUUGCAUUCAAAUAUGAUCUAAGCAUGAAAAAGCUUCAAGCAUUUCUUAGGAUGUUAAGUACUAGAUUAGAGUCAAAAGGCUUCAUGUUCUGUUCCCACAUGCCAGUCUAAUUGCUUUAUUGCUGUUUCUCAUAAAUAUUCAGCUAAGUCUGUCCCAGAAGACCAUUGUGGACAAUGCCCUCACUCAUUUAGUGACAUUACACCGACACACUGCUGCUAAUGAAAGAACACAAUAUAGCAUGCAUCUCUCUCGCUAAGAGGCCUUUGUCAGAUUAUCUGUUACGGGGUUUAAGGGAACAAUGUCUUACAAGGAACAAGGACAACAAGCAGGUUCCUAGCUAUUUCUUCCAUAUAAUCCAAUGACUGUUGCUGUAUCUAUUUAGCUGCAUCCAAGCUCACUACUCUCAUUCCUCGGAUGUUCUGAUUUUGCCAAGUUUGAUGUGUCCCUAGGUCAACAAGGGAGGGACUUGUGUUUCACUUCUUUAAACAGUCACAGUCUUCAUCAUAUAACAUCCAUCCAUCCAUUUUCCAAACCGCUUAUCCUACUGGGUCGCGGGGGGUCUGGAGCCUAUCCCAGAAGCAGGGGAUUAACCCAGGAUGGGGGGCCAGCCCAUCGCAGGGCACACUCACACACCAGUCACUCACACAUGCAUACCUACGGGCAAUUUAGCAACUCCCAAUUAGCCUCAGCAUGUUUUUGGACUGUGGGGGGAAACCGGUGUACCCAGAGGAAACCCCACAACGACAUGGGGAGAACAUGCAAACUCCACACACAUGUGACCCAGACGGAGACUCGAACCCGAGUGCCAGAGGUGUGAAGCAAAUCAUAUGACAUCACCACACUAAUUAAAACCAGUGUUUUCUGUUAAAUGGCAAAGUGCACAGUUUUCUAAAGUACUUGUUUUAUUGUGUAUGCCCUUUAUUAAGGACAUGUAAUGGAUAAACAUAGUUAUAACAUAGGAAUAUGCUUACCUGCAGACAAAGAAAGAGUGUGUCUUUGUUUCAAGACAACAAAAAAACAAGAACAACAACAAUAAUAUAGCAAGGCUUGAACCAGCAAUAUUGCGAUAACAAGCACAGAGGCUUCUUUUUCUGAGCUACUCACUGCCCCCAGCCUGACAGCUGAAUGGCUGGAAACCUUGAAUUAAAAAAUGAGAAACAAACAGACCAAUGUGAUAAUGUCAUACAAUGAAGACUUUGACUGGCUAAAGAAAUGAAAUGCAAGUCCCACCCUUGUUGAUCCAGGGACACAUCAGACUUGGCAAAAUCAAGAUGUCCUUCAUUCCUCAAAACCAUGUGUGCUGUGCAUUGUGUGGUCCUGGAACUGACCUUUAACAUUUGCCCUGAGUAUGAUGCCAAAUAUGGAACACAGAAAGGCUACAAAUGGAAGCAAGCAAUAGGGUCAGUGUAAAUGAAUUAGUGUAAAUUAAUCAUUCACAUCUGUGGUAAACAGGGCCCUGUCUAGUCUGUACCUCUGCCAAGUGUUGUCUGUGUUGAUCCUGAUGAGAAUAACGCCAUGGAAGAUGAAUGAAUGGAUGGAGUCAUUUACAUUGAAAGUUAUUGUUGAUAUUUAAAACUGUAUAAAGCAAUAUACAUACUAACCUGAAAUUAAAAUGCAGUGAAACUGUUUUGCAGAAAUAUCUAUAAUAAUUGUAGUGUAUUGGCUCACUUUGAUUGAUUGACCAUUUGUUACAGUCAGGAAAUAAUAAUCUAGAAAGCCGACAUCAAAUAAUCAUAUUACAAAACAUUUCAGUGCUAUCAUAGAUAUUAAAAGUUGCAACAAAUUUGCAUGUUCGAGUCACUAAUUCACUAUUCGGAGGAAACCCAUUCAGACAGACAGUCAACAUGAAAACUCCACAUGCACAGAGAGAGGGAAGAGAAUCAAGUGCACAAUCGUAGGCUAAAUUGUAGGCUAAAGGGCUAGAUUAUAUAACAACCAUUCCAAAUUAAUUACAAAUACAUGCACUGGCUGAAACCAAGGUAGACUUUAUAUAAACUAUGAAAACAAUGCUGUAUCGAAUACCAUAAUCAAUCUCUUUUCAAUUAUCAAUUAUUUUUCAGUUAUUGAGUCAGGGCUACUAUGAUCCAGGUGUAUUAAGGUUGUUAAGAACUCACAUAAUGCAGUAAUCUGGAAGUUAUUAGUUCAAGUUUGUCUAUAGAAUUGUGUUUUGGUUAUGCCAUGUAAUAUCUGGCAGUAUAGGUACAGACACCGCUGUUAAGACAGAGUUAAACUGUACUACAUCUGGGACAUUCCAAUGUGAACAAAUAAAACUGAUGUUCCUUUCCAGCAGUAUCGCUAUGUUUCUUGUCAUUAGAGGUAAUGACAUUAUGAAGUGCAUUUCAGACACAGGUGAGCCUCUGUUCCCUGAGCAGAAACAAACUUUAAAUAGUCGGACAGCAGCAGACUCGUCUUAUGAGCUCCUGCACUAGCUAUCAAUAAAGCAUAACCAUGUAAAGCAAAGUAGGAAAGAAAUCUCCCAAGGACAUAACAUGUAUAAUCAAAAGAGAACUAACAAAUGUAAUCAAAAUGUUACAGUCUGUUGCUCAAAAAUGGUUUUGACUUAGCACCACGGGGCAGCAUUAAAACAAGCAAUCAAACAAAUUGUUAUGCUGAAUUCCGAGACGGAUUUUUGGAAUGACGUUUUCAGAUAACGCUAUAAUACUCAGAUAAAGCUGGAUUUAUGAAAGAUUCCCUACAAUGUGAAGAAACAUUCCCUGCUACUCUGACACACAAACAUAUCACUGCUAGUUUUGGUUGGAUCAUUUAUCAUUAUAUGUGUUAUGUGAUCAAACUAAUUUCUCCCCAUUUCUCUAGUGCAACUCUGAAACAUAAACAAGCUUACAAUCAGAUAAAAAAUCUUAUGGAGUUAUAAGGUGGGGGGAAAUAGUAUAAAGAAAGAAAGAAAUCAGUUUUCAGCAUCAUGGUACUUUUAACGGCAUUGCUGGUUUUGCUGGCAGUUGUAGUGUGUGAUAGAACACCCUGUUUAUAUACCUUUGGCAGCUGAACACAAUGACAGUCAAAUGGUAUUCAGAAGCCUAAAGAGAAUUCAGUCAUGGGAAAGAA